AUGGACGAAAUGGAGUUCCUUCCCAAGAUGAAUGGCAAAAAGAUCAAUACACCCACCACGAAGCCCUCGGGGUCUGCUCCUACCAUCCCCGAACGGGACUGGAUCAUCCUCGAAAAGCUGAGUGCCUGCAACGAGAACCAGCUUGCCUAUAUGCGCAUCUACAAACAGAUUCCUCUAGAUGGUACUCGCCUUGACAAUCAAAGUGUCCGUCAGUCCCAGGCUCAUGGGCCACGAAAGCAUGUGGAGCUCGAGGCCUUCAAGGGACUCACAGAGACAGGGCGCACUGCCACUCCCAAACUCCUUGGAUAUCGAAUCGGCACGCAAGACGCAGACGACCUUGUCCCCGGCGGAUAUAUCAUCUUCCUUGUAUGGGAAAAGGUCCAAGGAGAGCCGCUAGAUGAGGAGUAUUUCUGGAGUUUUCCUUACAACAAGCGGAGGCUCAUCCGUGACAACUUCAAAAAAGCCUUCGAGGAAGUUCUGAGUUCUGGGUACAAGCCGGUCUUGUCGUCCUCUUCAAAGAUCAUACUCAACAAGGACACAAGUGAUGUCAAAAUCUCCGGUUUCAGUCAGGCUGCCCGCAUCGACACAGAUACGAAAUGGAAAGACAACUACUUCGUUAUUUUUUCUCUGGUCCUAGAUGACUACAAGCAGGACAAGUACCUUCCCAAUAUGGCGACGGAUCUCCAAGUUGACCAACACACUGGCUGGAGGUGGUGA